AUGACUCCUUGGACGACUCCGAUUUGUCCAAGUGCAAUUCCAAUUCAGAAUAUUGCCAGGAUGCAGGUCUACUCCGUGUCUCCGGCGCUGAAUCGGCGGACAUUUUUCACUGUGUCAAGGGCACCAUCUGCACCUUCAAUGUCACUGGGGACAUGCUUCAAACUGGAGACCAUGUACAGCCCACUGCAUUUGGCAGCCGUUGUGGCGCUGCUGCCGCGGUGUCCGACUUUGCCAAUCCACGGCCUGAGGCAGCUGGCAAUGGGGAUGCUUGGUCUGAUGAGCAGGCUUUCAGUUUGGGCAUCGCCAGCAAUGGGGGCCGGUACGAGAUCUGCUACUGUGCGAGCUACGACACCUCUGAAAGGACUGGGAAGACUCAGCUUGGCCAUGUGCAGAGCAAAGCUGUUGAGAGCUUGCCCAGUGCUCUGCGAACUUGAUAUGCCUUGCCUUACAGGACGAAUCACUACGAUGCUGCAUCAGGCAACACGGCCUGUGACAGUGACGUGGAAUUCACGCACUCUGCGGGCGCUCUCAUUGCAACGUGGCGGAUCGGAGUUGCGUCGGGCUUAA